CAGUGCUGUGUGAAGGGUUUGCAGUGAGCAGCAGCAGCAGCAGCAGCAGCAGCACAGAACUGACUCCCCUAAGGAGGACGGGUGGGAUGCUACAAUGGAGGCUCAGAACAUCAAGCAGCCUGCCUUGGACAACCACAACAAUCUGUACAAAAGCCCUGGUCAGGAGGAACAGAGAAGCGUGCCCAGCUGUAAGUACUGCUGCACUCUGUCCAACCUGCGGAUUGAGAAGAAGAUCGGCCGGGGCCAGUUCAGUGAGGUGUACAAAGCCACGUACCUGCUGGAGGGACAGCUGGUCGCACUCAAGAAAGUCCAGAUCUUUGAGAUGAUGGAUGCCAAGGCUCGCCAGGACUGCAUCAAAGAGAUAGAUCUACUGAAGCUCAAUCACCCCAACGUGAUCAAAUACCUCGACUCCUUCAUCGAAGACAACGAGCUCAAUAUCGUUCUGGAGCUGGCGGACGCUGGAGAUCUGUCACAGAUGAUAAAGUACUUCAAGAAGAAGAGGCGCCUGAUCCCAGAGAGGACCAUAUGGAAAUAUUUUGUGCAGCUGUGCAGCGCCCUGGAGCACAUGCACUCGCGCAGAGUCAUGCACCGAGAUAUCAAGCCAUCCAACGUGUUCAUAACAGCCACAGGUGAGGUGAAGCUGGGGGACCUGGGAUUAGGCCGCUUCUUCAGCUCCAAAACCACCGCAGCACACUCCUUAGUGGGGACGCCGUACUACAUGUCACCAGAGAGGAUCAAUGCCAACGGAUACAAUUUUAAGUCUGAUAUCUGGUCCCUGGGAUGUCUUCUGUACGAGAUGGCGGCGCUGCAGAGUCCGUUUUAUGGGGACAAGAUGGACCUGCUGUCCCUCUGCCAGAAGAUCGAGCAGUGUGAUUACCCCCCCCUCCCAGCUGACCACUACUCUGACAAGCUGCGGGGCCUGGUCAGCACGUGCAUCAAGCCAGAGCCAGAACAGCGGCCGGACAUCGUCUUCGUGCUGCAGAUCGCCAAACAGAUGCACACGUGGAUGUCCAGCACCUGAGCGCCAUUUCUGCUCCGCGCUUCCCGUCUGCUCAGUUUGAGCUUGGCUCGGCUCGCACAAAACGCUUUGCCUUUCCCUCCUCUGGACAGGAGGAAGCCCUGGAAAGACAUGCACUCCCACUUAAUUUCUGUCAUGGAGGAUGAAGAGUUGCGUUAGUGCUGUAGCUCUCGUGGAAAGUGGAGCUCCGUGUUUUUUGAGCUGAGGACGGAGAGCUGUGGCCCACUCUGACCACAGACCCUCUCUGCCCAUUCAUUCCACGCUCCGGCCCUGGGUCUGUGGGUCAGCUGAGGGUGGGCAGGGGAGAUUGAGAAUCUGCAUAUCUAUCAUCUAUUAUUCUAAUCAAAAUUGUUCUUUUACAUUGUCAAUUUAAGUCCAUCGAGUAGAGAAUAUGUAUUAGUGAUUACUAAGUGAGAAUGCAGCUUUGCCUCACUGUCAGCUAGCAGGGAAGAUCAGCCCAACAACCUGAUGUGUGUGUGUGUGUGUGUGUGUAUGUGUGUAUGUAUGUAUGUAUGUAUGUAUGUAUGCAUGUAUGUAUGCAUGCAUCAGACAGGAUCCAGCAGCUAGUUCUUCUCCAUGACUAGACAGCUGACACAGGCCGACUGCCAGCAGCAACAUGAGGAGCAACACAGAACAGACACAGGGAGCCAAUCAACAGACGAGGCACAGCUGGAAUAAGAAGACAAAUACUGAUUGGGUAACGAGACGACACAAAGACAGGCUGACGAGGCUCGACACCAAACAGGUGGACAAGGGAAGACAUGCAGGGCGGGGCUACAGAAGGGACACACCGGGCCGGCACAGACAACUGAAACCCAAUGAAUACAACAAGGAACAUGAAACACAAAACAAAAGCCCACAUCCUCUGGAGACUUCAUUCUCUCACUCUCAUCAUCUUCAGGUUGGAAAGCUAUUCACUUAGUUUUUGCCAAAACAGACUAACAAUUGUCAAAAUAAUCUUGAUUUAUGGUCUACUCACAACCGUUUUCCAGAGCUUUCAGCCAUGUCUUGGUCUUCUUUUGAGAAGGACUUGUCUCAGCGUGAAGUCGUCCUUGCUCCUGGAUGGAAAACUCCCAAACUGGGCCGGCCUUUUGACUCUUAGCUCACUAUAUUUUCAAUUUGUUAUGAUUUUUAUGUCGCCUAAAUACUUUUGCAUAUCAUUUUCAGAGUUGAUAGUGGAUGUAAGAAGGAAAACAUCAUAAACCAUUUUUUUGUAAGUCAUCAUUAAAUGGCCCAGUAUUGAUU